AUGGAUAUUGUUGAUCCUGAGCCCGUCAUGGCCCUUGAGCCAGUCGUUGCUCCUGAUCCUGCACUAGAGCACGACCCUGUUCAUGAUGAUGCACCAGCCAUUGCACCUCUUGUUGAUGAUAUACCCAUUGCUGAUCUUCCCGUUGUUGCUCCACCGUUGGUGGAUGACCCUGUUGUUGAUGCACCGUUACCUGAUCCCGUGCCGGUAUUGUUUGACCGUGCACCUUUUGCUGCUCAUAUAGAUCCACGAUAUGCCGACACCCGCAACGGGUGGAUCGAUGAUGAUGAAGAUUACCCACCGUAUGUGCUGCCGGUCACUCCCCCAGUAGCACCCGUGUCUGCACCCACUGAUAUCCCAUUGUUUCCCCCACACACCACAGACACUCAUCGCACUGAUCUUCCCAUUACGUUCCUCCAGGACAUACCGCCACCUCGUCCUGGAGAGGGGUCAUCGAGGCAGCCGCCUGUUUCUGCUCCACCCAUGCUGUCAUCAUCUUUACCGUUCACAUCUCAGUUUCCUCAUAAUGGUGUCAUACGCUUAUUGGUUUUGGAGAAUGGUGUAGGUUUGAAAUCAUUUUGGAAUUUGGUUGUUACGUUUGUGCUACAAGUGUCAGAAAAAGUGUCUAUUGCGCUUGUAGUACAAGCGUGUUACGUUUAA